UUAUUUUGAAGGCACCACCCUUUCCUCUGUAGUCAUUGUGUGACCUCUUGCAGCUUGACGAGGUUUGAUACGAGGAAACAGAAACCUGCUGCUGAACGUCAACAUGGAUCCAGGUCUCACCAUCGUCCUCCUGGGAAACACCGGCGUAGGUAAGAGUGCUUCAGGAAACACCAUCCUGGGUCGCCCUGCGUUCGAGUCCAGACAGACCCUGACCCCGGUGACCCGGCAGAUCUCCGAGGCCACUGAGACCGUGUUUGGGAAGCAGGUCUCGGUAGUGGACACCCCGGGGAUCCUGGGCUCAGAGCGGCAGAUCCAGGCCUGGUGCCAGGAGCUCCGGGGGUCCGGCAGAGAGACCCUGUUCCUGCUGCUGUUCAGUGUGGGGCGCUUCACCAAAGAGCAGGAGAAGGUUCUGGUGGCAGCUCACAGGGUCCUCGGACCUCAGGACUUCAACCGGUGUUUCCUGCUGUUCACGCGGGGGGACGCCUUAGAGGGCCAGGCUCUGGAGGACUUCAUCCUUGAAGACGAGGACACUGCAGCUAGCUGCUCAACAUUCUCAGACAGAUAUCAUCUGUUCAACAACCAGAGCGGAGGGCGGGAACAAGUCCGAGAGCUGCUGGAGAAGACGGGCCACCUCCGAGCCCAGAACCCCCCCCCAGCAGGUACAUUUACUCAGGUGCUGUACUGA